AUGUCUACUAGGCUAACUCCACGUCGGCGCGUCAGUCGUCAGCACGUGGUGAUAAGGGUGGGAGAGUUGAGGAAGAUUUUUCUUCCAUAUGGGAAGAAAUCCCGUAAAACGGCAACUAGCACAAUUGCUUCCGGUCAGAAAUCUAAUCACAGAUUUCUGUGUUUAGCUGAUAGCUCUCAGACAACUGUACCAGACAGACAUUUAAAGAAAAAAUUACAUGAAGCUGGCCUUGGGGAGAAGAAAAUAGCACUAUACAAAAAUGACGAUCCUGACUAUUUCAAAAGAGAAAUAGAAUUAAAUUAUGAAAAGUUAUCUGGAUGCGGAUCAUUCGAUUUGCAUAAGGCAAUUGGCAGAACCAAUUUAGAAAUAAUUAAAGCUCCAAAGAAUGGCUACACUUCAAAUUUCUUAUCGACAUGUUAUUUUGGCCAGGCAAUAAUAUACAUAAAACCUCUUCAGAGGAAUAUAGACACAUCUCCCAUAACCAGCCAAGAGUCUGAUGGAGAAUGUCAUACAGAGAUAUGUUUAGAUUGUGGAGAAGAUGUUCCAAUCAACAAUAUACGGAUGCAUAUUGAAGAGAAGCAUGGGGAAGAACUUCCUGUCGUAAAAAAGAAAAGACGUGUAACUGUGCCUAUAUGCAACUUCGCUUGUAUAGCAGAGGAUUCAAAACCAUUUAGUGAUGAUAAUGAAGUGUAA